CGCAGUCUCUUUUAAAGUUUUCCCUUGUAAAGAUCGAAAUUGAGGAAAAUUCUUGAAAAAAGAAAAUCAAGAUGGACGGAAUGAAAAGUGGAUUUUUCUUGAACUUUUAUCAAAAAAUUCGAAAUAACUUAAAAAGUGAAGAGAUUCAAGCUUUCACAGAAUCAAAUUCUAAUCAAGAACGUUUUAAUUUCGCAUACCGCGUGAGUCAUGUUCACGAUAGAUUGAAAAUUCAUCGUCAUGAACGAGGUUCACCACUUCAACCCGACAAGGAUGAAAUUUUCUUUUAUAAAGAUUUGAAGUGUGCAAUGGAAAUGAAAAAAGUUGGUAACAAAUUCUUUCAAAACCAACAGUGGAUGGAAGCUUUGAAUUUUUACAACAAAAGUUACAUUAUGAUGCCGAAAGAGAAUUCCACUGACAUUUCCAUUAUCUUUGCCAAUCGUUCAGCGGUUUUGUAUCAUACACAACAAUAUGAUGCUGCAUUAAAGGAAAUCGAACGUGCCGUUGAUGAAAACUAUCCGAAAGAUUUGAUGUAUAAGCUUAAAGAAAGAAAAGCUCGAUGUUUACUUGCAAAAAAGAAUCACGUAGAGGCACUUAAAGCUUUUCAAGAAGAUGUUAAAGCUUUAGAUGAUUCAAGUUUGCCGCACGAGAAGAAAAUGAAACUGGAACGCGAUGCACAGAUUAUGAUAAAACUUAUGCAAAAAAAUCUUGAGAUUGAAGCUAAGACAAAGAAGUCUUUAAAAACUUUUCAAGUAAAGGAAGCUAAGAAAGAUAAAAAGGAAGUCGUUGAUCGUUUCAUUUGUGAUGCAGUGUCGUUUGAGUACACGGAAAGUGAAGGUCGUUUUGCGAAAGCCGGUAAAGAUAUUAAACUUGGGACUUAUCUCGUUCAAGAGAAACCUCACGUAGCAUGCUUGUUGCAGAUUUAUUCACAAACCCACUGUCAGACAUGUUUCAAACGGACAAACGUUCCAAUUACAUGUCCCAAUUGUGCUGAUGUUAUUUUCUGUUCAGAGAAAUGUCGAGACGAAGCAUUGAAAACUUUCCAUCAAUUUGACUUUGACUUUAUCGGUUCACUCGUCUAUCACAACCUUCAGUUUACUCAGUUCAACGCCCACGAAAUAUCUGAACUUCAAUAUAAGGGUAAAGGUGACGUUGGUACAUCAACAUUUAUUGGUGGUGGUCUCUAUCCAACUGUUGCCUUUUUCAAUCACUCGUGCGACCCGGGAGUGGUACGAUAUUUCAAUGGCAAUGUUAUCAUGGUGCGCGCCUUAAAACACAUCCCUGCGGGGGAAGUUGUUGCCGAAAAUUACGGACCAAUAUUCACUCAAGUUGCCAGGGAAGAACGACAAGCCCAACUCAUGAAGCAAUAUCACUUCAAAUGUUUAUGUAAACCGUGUUUGGAGAAUUGGCCUAUGUUUAGAGAAAUGGAUGACAAUAUACUUCGAUUCCGUUGCGAUGGUCAUAAUCGAACAUGCAAAAACGUUUUACUUGUACCGCUUGACGUCAACGAAUUUAUGAUCAAGUGUAUUGAAUGCGGCGAGUCAACGAACAUCAUGAAAGGAUUAAAAGCACUUCAGGAUACUGACAUGAUAUUUAAAGCUGCGACACGAUUACUUGAAGCUGGAGACACAAAAAAUUCUCUCGGAAAGUUUGUUGAGAAUUUAGAUUUGAUGGAUCAAUCGCUUGUGCCACCUUUUCGCAGUUACCAUCUGACACAGCAGGGCAUCCGACGAUGCAUCAUUGAGUUUGGCAAUAAGACUUUCUUAUAAUGUAAUUAUGAUGAAUUAUCCAUAAACAAGCUUUUUGUUCGGAUCAACAAUAAAGAAAAAUUGUUUUCAGUUUUCAUUUA